ACAUACUAAACUUCCAUACCGUGUGCGUACGUGGGCCGUCGAGGACGUUGCCGCUGUCUCCCCACUGAAAACACACUCUUUUUGAUCACUUUUGCAACCAAAAAGUUGAGCCAGUUUGCUCUUUGUGUGCUAUAGUAUGACUAUGGUGGGUCAGAGGGCAGGGCCAGAGCGCCGCUUUCUGUUCGAACGUAUUUGAAGUCUUCUGUCCCCCCAGCCUCGCGCUGAUUCUUUCCUCUUCGUCACACUUUCAUUUUACAAACGCCCACCGACCACGCAAGCCCUUUUUCUUGUAGUCUGCGACUCGCCCAUCAAAGCCUCUGGAGGAUAUUCAAUUCGCUUUCGAUAACCUCCUGUCCAUUCCUUUCAGUCGCAUCUACAAAGCUUAGUCUUAGCCGGUCUUCGUCCCUGCCUCGUAUCAAAUUGCUCCUGCUUCGGAUCACCCAAAGGUCAUUCCUUCAUUAUAAAUCUUCGAUUGCGCCUGUGGCUGCAUCAGAUUAUCACAUUCUCUCGCUUCAGCAAAGUCUGAAGAUAUAGACACCUAGGGUCAAUACCUCUCCAAAAAUACACAUCUCAGGACUCCUAUCCAGUUUCUCAAUAUGAAGACUGCUACUCUUUCUCUCGCGGCCAUCUCGCUGCUCCAGCUUGCUGUCGCUCAACCUCACAGACGCCAUGCCCAUGAGGCUUUCCAUGCCAAGAAGGAUGUGACUGUUCGCGACAACUCUAACAUUGCCCACGUCAUUGUCUACGUUGAUCAAAACGGCACCCCUGUCUCCACCACCACCAACCUGCCUGCCGCUCAGACCGAGGCCCCCGCCGCUCCAGCUGCGCCAUCCCCAACUCCCGAGGCAGUUGCGCCAGUCGUGGCCGACAAGGUAGCUGACACAAACGCAUCGUCGGCAUCAUCUCCAUCCGCCUCUGCGUCAUCCGCUGAUGGUUACGGUCUCACAUACAACCCAUACAACAAGGAUGGCACCUGCAAGACCGCCGACCAGGUCCUGAUGGACUUCGGUGGAUUUGGAAGCGGUUUCUCUACCGUCCGCACAUAUGGCACUGACUGCAAUACCGUCUCCACGGUGGUCGCUGCUGCCAAGGCCCACGGUAUGAAGGUUUUCCAGGGUAUCUACGAUAUCGCUGAUAUCUCUGGAUCUGUCAAUGACAUUGUCUCCGCCGUCAACGGCGACUGGUCGAUCAUCCACACCAUCUCCGUGGGUAAUGAGCUUGUCAACAGCGGCCAGGCAUCUGCCUCCGCCGUCGUUGCCGCCAUGAGCUCUGCUCGCUCGCUCCUCAGAGCCGCCGGAUACACCGGACCAGUCGUCACCUGCGACACUCUCGUCGCCACGCUCGCCAACCCAAGCCUGUGCGACAACGCCGACUACUGUGCCGUCAACAGCCACCCCUUCUUCGACCCUAACACCGAUGCCGCCAGCGCCGGAACCUUCUUGACCAGCUCGAUUGAGAGCCUCAAGUCGAAGCUCGCGGACAACACCCAGACCAUUGUCAUCACCGAGACCGGCUGGCCAUCCCAGGGAACCGCCAACGGCCGUGCCAUCCCAUCGUCGUCGAACCAGCAGACCGCCAUCGCCGCUAUCAAGUCGGCGUUCGAGUCAGCCCCAGCUAGUGUCAUGCUCUUCAACCCUUACAACAUGAUGUGGAAGACCAGCAAUGCUGACCAGUUUGAGGCUGAGCAGUGGUGGGGUUUCCUCGGCGACUGCCCAUCUGGCUAGAUUUGCACUCCCGUACCUGUUGUGGGGUUCAUGGUUUCGGUCUCGGGGCUGUGUCGUGUAUUCUUAAGUCGCUUUUUGGAAAGUUGAUGGAAAGAGUAUCCUUAGCACAUGAUCCUGUUGUCUUCCUACCCCCUGGGGUAGAGAUAGAUAGACGUUCCUAGAAUUCUUAUUCUUGACCGUUUUUCGUUGUUUGUUUUUUUCUGCUUCAUUGUAGGCGGGAAAGAAAGUUCACUUCUAUGUAUAUACCUAUUGUGCGUGCACGGAGGGCUGUUGGUAUAGUUGUCUUGGUGGGUGGCUUGAAAGUUAAAGAGAUUUAUUUACGAAAUAGAAUGAAUAUAGAAAAUUAUGAUUCCAAAAGUCGAG